CGUAUGUUUUAUCUACUAAAGCUCCACUCAUAUCCUCCUGGUCACACUUUGCAUUCGAGAAUGGCGAGAAUCUUGUCGUUGUUUGUCAUUAGCGUGUCCUUAGUGAUAGCACUGGCUAAGCCAACUGAUACGGAGAGCGCCAAGAAACGCGUUCACGAGGAACAAAAACUUUCUGAUGUUGAGCACGAUUUAGAAGGAGAGCACAAUCCGGAUUAUGAUCACGAGGCGUUUCUCGGGAAAGAUGAAGCAAAGACAUUUGAUCAAUUGAGUCCAGAAGAGUCGAGAAACAGAUUGAGAAUUAUUGUGAGGAAGAUUGACAAGGACAAGGACGGGUUUGUAACGGAGCAGGAAUUGAAGGAAUGGGUCGACUACACUCAGAACAAAUACAUCUGGGACGACACUGACCGUCAGUGGAGAGAUCACGACAAGGACGACGAUGGUGCAUUGACAUGGGCUGAAUACAUGAAGACUACAUAUGGAUACGAGUCAGAAAAUGAGCUUGCAGAGAAGACUGACUACAACUACAAGGACAUGGUUCGACGUGAUAAACGACGUUGGGAGAAAGCUGAUCAGAAUGGCGACCAGAAGCUUUCUCGUGAGGAAUAUCGUAGCUACUUACAUCCGGAAGAGUCUGACCACAUGAAGGAUGUAGUUGUGGAAGAGACUAUGGAAGACAUAGAUAAAGACAAAGAUGGAUACUUGUCACUAGAAGAAUAUGUGGGUGACAUGUAUCCACCUGAGGAUCAUGAGGACGGAGUUGAGGAACCAGAGUGGGUGAAGACCGAACGCGAACAAUUCAGUCAAUAUCGCGAUGAGAACAAGGAUGGCAAAAUGGACAAGGAGGAGGUCAAACGAUGGAUUUUACCAGACAACUACAAUCAUGCAGAAGCAGAAGCCAAGCAUCUCAUGUAUGAAACAGACAGCAACAAGGAUGAGAAACUAUCCGAGGAAGAAAUCAUUGAGAAGUACGACGUCUUCGUCGGCAGUCAAGCAACCGACUUUGGCGAGGCUCUCAUUCGACACGAUGAAUUCUAAUUUCUUCCCAACAAUAUCAUGGACACUGAUUACAGCAGUACAGCUGACAAUCUCAAUACUGAUUGUUUGUUGUUGUGUUUGUUAUCUUGAGAGAAAGACUGAGUAUGUCUCUUGUUAACAAGUUGAUAGUCACUUGAACUCUGCUUUGUUUGAAUCUCUCCCUCACUCUAUUAGUCAAAAUUUUCAAAGAAGUUUUUGGAGCAA